AUGUCGGCGGUGUAUCAGCAAUUUUCAACAUUCAAAUGCUCAAACGAUUUUGCGUUCCAGUUUCCAUUCCCUGAUAGUAACAAAAGGAAGAAUGCAAAUUGGAGGUCACCAAGAGCAGCCAUAAUUCCCAAUUUUCAUCUUCCAAUGCGCAGUUUUGAAGUUAAGAAUAGGACCAGUGUUGAGGAGAUCAAAUCGCUUAGGCUGAUUACAGCCAUUAAAACUCCAUACCUACCAGAUGGCAGGUUUGAUCUGGAGGCCUAUGAUGCCUUGGUCAAUAUGCAGAUUGAAGAUGGUGUCGAGGGGGUGAUUGUUGGUGGCACCACAGGUGAAGGCCAGUUAAUGGGCUGGGAUGAACAUAUAAUGCUCAUUGGUCACACAGUCAACUGUUUUGGUGGGUUGAUCAAGGUCAUUGGGAACACAGGAAGCAACUCCACCCGGGAAGCAAUCCAUGCUACUGAACAAGGUUUUGCAGUUGGAAUGCACGCAGCUCUUCACAUUAAUCCUUAUUAUGGUAAGACCUCCUUAGAGGGCUUGAUUUCUCACUUUAAUAGUGUGCUUCCGAUGGGCCCUACAAUCAUCUACAAUGUACCAUCACGAACCGGCCAAGAUGUUCCACCACGUGUAAUCCACACUUUGGUGCAGAGCCCCAAUAUGGCCGGUGUGAAGGAGUGUGUUGGAAAUGAUAGGGUAGAGCAAUAUACGAGCAAAGAUAUUGUGGUCUGGAGUGGCAACGAUGAUGAAUGCCAUGAUUCAAGAUGGGUCUAUGGAGCUACUGGCGUAAUUUCAGUUACAAGCAACUUAGUGCCUAGUCUAAUAAGAGAACUCAUGUUUGAGGGAAAGAAUCCAUCUUUGAAUGCGAAACUCCAGCCUUUAAUUGAGUGGCUCUUUUGCGAGCCAAACCCAAUCGGCUUGAAUACAGCUCUUGCUCAGCUUGGUGUAGUGAGGCCAGUUUUCCGCUUACCAUACGUACCCCUUCCUUUGGAAAAGAGGAUUGAGUUUGUGAAUAUAGUGAAGGCACUAGGACGGGAGAAUUUUAUCGGAGAGAAGGAUGUCCAGGUUCUGGAAGAUGACGACUUCGUUUUGAUUGGUAGAUAUUAG